ACACGUUUAUGUGUUACAUUCGAAAUGGAUCAUCAUCAUAAUCAUCAUAAUGAUGAAGAAAUUUACAUCGAUAAUAAUGACCGACGUAAUUCUUAUGCGACAAUUUCGAAUCGAACUAAUAGUGAUCAACUUUGUUUACAAGAUGCUGAUCUUCAAGGUAAUCGAAGAUAUUCAUCCGAAUUAGGACGUAUUCAAUCAACAUCAAUAUUACCAAAAGUUUCAAUAACACGUGCAAAAUCCGAUAUAAUACUUAAUUCGGUUGGAUCAAUUUCUAUACAUAAUGAUGAUGGUGAAAAUAAUGAUAAUAACAGUAAUGAUACAAUACGUGAUCAUUUGGAUGAUAAAAAAAAGUUUGAAACUAAACGUACAAAUGCUACAUUAAAAAAAUUAGCUGGAUAUAUAAAUGUCAAACCUAGAUUGAAACAUAAGGAACAUGAUUAUCAACGUAUAACGUAUGUUCUAAAUAUGAAGCCAACAAAAUGCCAUAUUUGUUCAGAUAAUAUCUAUUUCUAUUGCUAUGAAUGUGUACAGUGCAAGUUGGCCGGACAUAAAAAAUGUUUACAAAAUUUAUAUGUAACAUGUCCAAAUAAAGUGAUGCCACCACGAUUGGCUGUGUUCGGUUUGGAAAUAUCUGAUAAUAAUCAAAUAUCCGAUGUAUUACAUACAUGUAUAAUGGAAAUUGAAAAAAGACCUAUACAUAAAUUACGUGGAAUAUAUAAAAUUGAUGCCGAUCCUACGCAAAUUGAAAAAUUGUGCCUAAGCUUUGAAUUUGGUUCACAUCUUAUUGAUUUAAGUCAGAUUAGCCCGCAUGAUAUUGCCGGUAUCAUUAAACAUUAUCUUCUUUGUAUAUCGACACCGAUAUUCAAUAAAAAUCUACAAAAAGAAUUGAUUACAAUCGGUAGUGAAUGGCCAGUUAGAAAAAUUCCAUAUACACAAUCUGGUAUUGCUAUUCUGGUGUUUGAAUUACGACGAUUAGUUGGUUGUCUAACUAUAACAUAUCGAAAUAAUUUAGCCUAUUUAAUAUAUCAUUUAAAACGUAUAGCUGAUCGUCAACAUAUAACAGAAAUGACAGCUAAUUCAUUGGCAAUCAUAUUUUCAUCGAUAAUUUUUCGUGAUGAAAGAAACAACAACAUUCAUCAU